AUGGCCAUUUUCAAGAGGACCAUCGUCGCCGACGACCAUGCUGUCACCCGGGGUGGACAUCUGACCCUGAAGCAGUCUCUGCUGCCAAAUUCUCUCGUCACCAUCCUCUUUUUCCUCUGGGGCUUCGCUUACGGCCUCCUCGACGUCCUGAACUCGCACUUCCAAGCCGACCUCAACAUCACCGCCAGCAAGGCAUCCGGCCUGUCCGCCGCCUACUUCGGCGCCUACUUCCUCUGCCCACUCACCAUCUCGGGCUGGAUCCUGCGACACUAUGGAUUCCGCAUCACCUUCAUGACCGGCCUGGCCGUCCUCGCAGUCGGCUGCCUCCUCUUCUGGCCGUCGGGCGUCAAGGAGUCGUUCGGCGGCUUCUGCGGCUCCAUGUUCGUCGUGGGCGCGGGCUUGUCGACGCUCGAGACGGGCGCCGACAACUUCCUGUCCAUCUGCGGCCCGCCGCGCUACAGCGAGAUCAGGCUGAACCUGGCCCAGGGCGUGCAGGGCGUGGGAUCGUUCGUCGCGCCCCUGCUCGCCAGCAGGGUCUUCUUCGCCGACACGGUCGACACCAAGCAGGGGCUGCGGAACGUGCAGUGGGUCUACCUCGGCGUCGCCGGCUUCGUCGCCCUGCUCAUCAUCUUGUUCUGGAUUGUGCCCAUGCCCGAGGUGACGGACGCCGAUAUGGCGGUUCAGGAGCGCGAGAUCGCCGAGGGCGGACACGCUGAGCAUGCGGAGGGCGAGGGUGAAGGGCCGUUCAGAAAGCAGUACAACCUGUUUCUCGGAGUGUGGAGCCAGUUCUGCUACGUCGGCGCGCAGGUGGCGGUUGCGAACUACUUCAUCAAUUUCUGCCAGGAGGCAGGUUAUUCGAGCGCAACGAGCUCGAACCUGCUUGCCGUUGGCCAGGGCUGCUACGCCUUCAUGCGCUUCGUCGGCUCUGGCGUCAUGACCAGCAGAGCUUUCAAGCCGCGCUACAUGCUGGCGGCCUAUCUCGCACUAUGCUUCAUCUUCGGCCUUGCAGCUGUCCUGACGCACGGCAAGACCAGCGUGGCGAUGCUGAUAUUGGUCCUAUGCUUUGAGAGCAUCUGCUUCGCCACCAUAUUCACCCUCGCCCUGCGCGGCCUCGGCCGCCACACCAAGCGCGGCGGCAGCAUGCUUGUCGCCGCCAUCUCCGGCGGCGCGGCCAUUCCUCCCAUGACGGGCGCCGUCGCCACCUCGACGGGCAACUUCCACACCGCCAUGGCCAUCCCGACGGCCUUUUACGUCGCCGCGUGGAUCUUCCCCGUGUACGUCAACUUCUUCAACAAGGAGAGCUUGGACGCGCAUCGCGAGUCCGACUUGAACGUGGACAGGAGCGCGGUGGAUGCGGACAAGGUGGCGGAGGUGGAGAGGGGUCACAGCGUGUCUGAAGUCGGGAAAGCGUGA